AAUGAGGAGGACAACGAGGCCUUAUCCUCGAGCUUGUGGUCUUCCUCUUCUCACACUGAGUCCAAUGAGGACGAGUACCUCAUUUGCUCCUCCCGCCAACGGUCCACGGUCUCCUCCUCUUCUUCGUCAGAAAACAGUGACGGCGACGAUGGAUCUGAUAGCAGCAGCACGGGAAGUGAAGAUCGGGCCCCGCGGGAGGAGGAGGAGAAGUCAGGGCGACCGCUGUCAGAAAAUAUUGCUCACGGCCGGGGCCAUGGGAACCCGUGUUUCUCCACAGCACAAGAGGGUGGAGGCAAAGUAGGGAGCGGUAAGGAGGGGGACAAGGGCGUGCGAAGCCAGCAUGGGCGCGAGGGGAAGGGAAGGGAUAUGAUGAAGGAAGAGGUGUCCAGCAGGGAUGAGGGGGAAUGGACGGGCAUGGAGAGCGAGGAGAGGUUACGGUCGCAGGCAGCAGCCGCGGUGCCUUCCUCUAGUCGCACUAUUGAGGAAGCAAUCCAGUGGGAGCUUUGAGAGGAGGAGUGGCAGAAGGUGCUCCUCCGUUACGAGCGGCUGUUGACGGAGCAGCAACAGGUGUUAAGGGCAGUGAGCGCGCCCCUCUUCUCCCCGCCUUCGCCGUCAGCCUCCCCUCUGCCUGCAACUGGAGGGCCGCGACCCCAGCAACCAACACAAACAGAGAGAGCGCUAGCAGCACAUGAACAACCGUCACAAGGGCCGCCACCGCAGGAAGAAAAGAUAAUGCGCCACGCGCAGCAACAGCGUUACAACAACAACGGCAGCCAGAAAACAAACGCAGCAGCAACGACAACUGCAGCAAAAAGAACAGCAGCAGAAAGAUGAGCCGCAGCCAAAAAAGAAAAUGCACCCGCAGCAACAGCUUGAGCUACAACAACAUGAGCAACCCAAAAAAACAAGCAGCAGCAACGACAACAACAGGAGGGACUGUCACUAAAGCAUGGAAAGCAGCAAAGGCCGGAAAAGGAGGGAAGCAGCCAGUGCUGCCACAAAAGAAAGAGAAGCAGACGCAACUAGCAAUAGGGACGGGACAACAGCAGUUGGGGUACCAGGCUCUGCGGAAAGAUCUUAAGAUGGAGAUUAUCGCAUGCAACAAAGAGCUUCACUUGUUGAAGCAGGCCUCUCGCGUCCGCACAGACCAGCAACUGGCCGCUGAAUGUGAAAGGGCCGUCCUCCUCCGCCAGCGCCUGCAUAAGGCUCAGGAACAACUCACCUCCUUGGCGACGGUGCCCAAACUGCAGUCACAGGAGCGGGAAAAGGAGCACAGCGAGACGGGAGGGGGCAACGGGAAGACAUGCGGGGAGGCA